AGAACAGAGCUGCAGUAGGACUGUCAUAGAACGGAGUAGAGCAACAGCUGGAGUCAUCUGAGAAAAGGCAGAGUAUCACCUGGUUGGGAAUUCUUGGUGCAGACUUUUUGGGAAGGCUGAAGGGAGGUGGCCAGGAUGGGCUGUUCAGCCCUAGCCACAACCACCUUGCUGCUGCUCCUGGCAAUUGCUGCUACGCUGGCAGACGUGGCUGAGAACAGGACCCGAAUAUGCCAGCCUGCACCACUCUGGAAGAUCAAUGGGGUGGCCCCCAUGGCUGGGAUGGAGGGCCAAGUGACAGUGGUGGCACUGUUGAAAGCCAGCUGACAGUUCUGUCUCAAGCAGGCCGCCAGCCUUGGCAGCUUGCAGAGGAAGCUGUCCCUUGAAGGAGUGACCAAUGUCAGCUUCAUGAUUGUGAAUGAGAAGACUCCUUUCUCCAGGGCUAUGUACUGGGAGCUCAAAAGGCAUGCCCCAGAGGGAGUUCCUGUUUACCAGCAGCAGAUUCUGGAGCCUGACGUCUGGCAAAUUCUAGAUGGGGACAAGGAUGACUUCCUGAUCUAUGACAGGUGCAGCAGGCUGGCUUUCCACAUCCAGCUGCCAUACAGUUUUCUGCACUUGCCCUAUGUUGAAGCAGCCGUGCGGUACACACACAGCAAAGACUACUGCGGCAAUUGUUCCUGGUACCCCUCUAACAGCAGCCAGGAGGUGAAUAAGACAGCAAGUCUUAACGUGACGACAACUGAGGCAUCUGGACACAAAGAGAAGCACCUGGAAGAACCCAAGUACCAUCAUGAUGAGCCAACCCAAGAAGCACCUAACACCAAGCACACAGCCCAUCACUAUUCACAUCAUGGAGGAGUCGGCAACCAUAAAGCCUUGGGUUUGAGCAGUACACACCAGCCAGUUCUCCACUCUCAGAAUCGCUCACGGAAACAUCAAACAAGGGAAUCCCCAUAAAACAUUUAAACUUCAGUAUAUGCAACACCCAACGGUUAGCCAUAAGCACUCUCAGCACUAAGCAAGCUUUUAAGAAGAGCCAGGGGGCAAACUUACAUGCAUCAGAAGGAAGAAGUAUGAUGGUUCAGUUUUCAGCAGGGGAAGGGAAGUGAACGUUCCACUCCCUAAAUUAACACAAACGUUCAAGGUCUCUCAACUGAUAGCAGAGGGCACAACACAAACUUUUGUUGUGUCAUAUAUGUGAUUGGAAAGUUUAACUGCUUGUCCACAAUGAGACUUCUAUUUUGAAUCUGGCUCCCAAUUAACCACCAGUUUUGUUCCACCAAGCCUUAAGGUGGUGUUCAUCUUGGGCUCAGAUGGAUUUUUGGAUACAUCACAUUUCUGUGGUGAGGACUGCCUAAGGAAGCCAUCUUGUUUUCCUCAGGAACACAGAGCUGCUAUGGUAAUCAGCUUCUUGGGAAGCCAAUUUUGACCCUCCCUUUUGCAUUUCCUGCUUUUCUGCACUCAAUGAAGCAUGUGAUGUAAACCUUUCACCACAUGCUGACACUGUACAUAAAAGCAUGUCCUUGGAGAUGGAAGGAUGGGGAUCAGAAAUGGUAUUAACAGGAGGGUGACUGACUGUGGCAGAGAAGGCUAACUUUGAACCUGGGGCUCAAGGUUUUGUACAUUAAAGUCCAUGCACACAAAUUACUAGCUUGAAAACUGACAUUUGUUGUGUUGUUGCUGGAAAUAAAGAACAUUUGUGGUUUGUAGGAAUGGAAGUGGUGAGACAGAAUUAGCCAAGUUUACAGGUAUGUUGAUAGAGGUAUGAAAGACAGAGAAGUCUGAGGGGAGAGUUGAGUUUGUCAGUGCUAUGAGAGCUGAACAAGGGAAGAAAAUGCCAUGUAUCAGGAAAAUUCAUGGAAAGGGAUGCACUGCUUGCUGAUUAAAAGUAGUAAAACUGUUUCUGGGGAAGAAUGUUGGAAAUAAAUUCUCUGAAAUGAA